AUGGAUUCGCCACCAGCUAAAAAGUUUGCCGGAGGAUCCCGCUCUCCUAUUGAGAACCAUUCGAAUGCUGAGGAAGCGACACGAAAGGAGAAUAUUCCGCCUGUUGCAACAAAAAAAUCCGGAAGUGUAUUCAAGAAAUACGAGAAUUAUCUUGAAGAGAAAGCAAAGACGAUUCAUUUGCCGACUGCUGAGGAAUCGAAGCUUACUCCGCGCUUCCUCUUCGACGACUCUGUCCUCAUCGUGCACAUGUGUCACCCGUGUAGAGCUGUGAAUCGUGCCCUCCCCGCAAUCCAAGUUGAUGGCGAGUACCAGGAAAUGGCACUACGUCUAUGCAACAUUUGCUGCUCGACACUCAAGGCGAUGAAAACAAGCAAGUUCUUCAAACAUGAUUUACCCUGUGUUAAAAGAAAUUCUGCUGAAAAGUAA